UGACAGUAUCGCGGAAAAUAGGAAGCGCGUACCGUUUACUCCACAGCCGCCUCUCCAGUCUCCACCCAUUCUUCCUCCCGGCGGCGCCGAAGAAGGACCGAGGAAACGAUUUCGGCGCCCUCCCUUCUCCCGCGCGUUCUGGGAGACCGAUAGGGUUUAUCGAGAGAUCGAAUGCGGGAUGGGAGGAGGGGCGAUGGGGCCGGCGGGGAGAGCGGACCACCUGGGAGGGGUCCCGCGUGCGCUCGUCUUCAUGGCCGUGGGGGCCUUCGCCAAGGUCGUCACCUCCCUCCUCAACUCCACCUCCGUCCACAACGCCGAAACCCUAAUCCGCCUCGUCCGCUCCCGGCCCCCCGGCCGGCCCCUCAUCACCGUCGGCAAUCACAUGUCCACGGAUAAGUGGCCCUCCAAAGAAAAAGCUUAAGUUGUGCAUCAUAAAACAGGUUGGAUGACCCACUUAUGUGGGGUUUUAAGGGUUUUCCAACUACGGAUGCCAAACUAGCUCGGUGGGUUCUAGCAGCAGAAGAUAUAUGCUUCAAAAAUGCAAUUCUAUCAUACAUUUUUCGACUUGGAAAAUGCAUACCUACAACAAGGGGUGGUGGAAUAUAUCAGGCACAUUUGGAUGAAGCUCUUGAAGUGCUGAGUGGUGGAGGCUGGUUGCACACAUUUCCAGAAGGAAAAGUCUCACAGGCAAAUGCACCCAUAAGGCGUUUGAAGUGGGGAACUGCAAGUCUUAUUGUACGUGCACCUGUAACCCCCAUAGUUUUGCCUAUUGUUCACUGUGGAUUUGAAAAGGUGAUGCCUGAGAAAUUUUUCUUUGGAAGAAGACCAGUAGUCCCUCUUUGCAAGAAGGACAUCAAAAUCAUUAUUGGUGAACCAAUUGAAUUUGAUCUCCAAAGCUUGAAGCAGACGGCUAAAACAGUAUCUCGGGAAUCAUGUAUUCAUAGUCUAGGGUGGCCCAACACUACCCCGGAUGGACUUGACGAGGCAGCUCAAAAAUGGCUCUACAUUAACAUUUCGGAUCAGAUUCGAACAGUCAUGGAGAGAUUGCGUAUCUUUGGUGCAACCCUCAAAAGAUUUAAGGGUGGAUCUCUUAUCCAUACACGCUGGAUCUUCCGCUUGAACGAGGUGGAGCGCGGCGACAGCACAAAGUUCCAACAAACUCAUUUAUAUACGAAUGGCCAUCCAAUGCAUUGCAUUCCGCGUCCCGUAGAAUAUUUAGUCAGCUUUUUAACGGUUGAUGAGGUGGAUGACCUGGGUGUCAGGUUUGUGAUGGUGUCUGAAUGGGCGAAGUUUCAUAGCUAGCUGCUAUCGAAGUUCUAUCUACAAAUGGAUAAGAUUUUUGUCUUAGUGUAUAUGAAUGAUUGAAGUAAUGGAGUAAUAUCCUAUAUCUUUCUUUA